CAACAAGAAGAAGAGGAAGAAAGCAGAGCAAUAACAUCUGCGGAUAGAGAGCAGAAAUUCAAUUUCAAGACGACUAAAAGCCCGGACAAAUCAAUAGAUUUUCGGUUUUUCUCUUAUUAUAUUAUUAUAUACAUGAAAACUAAAUUACUGAGACAUAGACAGACUAAAGAGAGAUAACCAAGGGUUGGUUAUUUCUUAUUUGUUGGUUGGUUUCAUUUCAUCCUUCAAUUUUGUCUCCGCUACUAAAUUCUCUUUUCCGGUUCAGAAAACCAAAAGUGACACAUAGAAAGUUAUAUAUCGAAAGAAAAAGAUAAAUAGGCCAACUGAUUUGAUCGCUCUAUCGGAUUGAUUCCAUUGUGAAAGAGAGAGAGAUAGAGAGAGAUGGAGGUCAGAAACAGCGUUGCGAUGGACAACUCGUCAAUGGCAGCACCUCAACAGCCCUCACCGCCCUCGAAGCAGAACAAGCCAUCCCCAAAUUCAGUUGACACUAGUUCCGUCUCCCAGAGGCUUCAGAAGGAGCUGAUGUCUCUCAUGAUGAGCGGAGAUAUCGGGGUAUCAGCCUUUCCUGAGGGUGAGAACAUCUUCUCCUGGAUUGGCACUAUUGAGGGUGCAAAGGACACUAUAUACGAAGGUUUAUCUUACAAACUGUCUCUGCGCUUUCCCCUGGAUUACCCAUUUAAGCCUCCCCAGGUUAAGUUUGAGACACCGUGCUUCCAUCCAAAUGUUGACCAGUAUGGUAACAUUUGUCUAGAUAUCCUUCAGGACAAAUGGUCAUCAGCUUAUGACUGCAGAACCAUUCUAUUGUCCAUCCAGAGCCUGUUGGGAGAACCCAACAUUGAUAGUCCUCUUAAUAACUAUGCUGCAGCACUCUGGAAUAACCAGGAAGCUUACAAGAAAAUGAUCCACAAACUGUAUACAGAUGGGGAGGCAUUUGAAAGCUAAUUAGCAAGGUUUUCAUCGCUUGCUGGUGGUGAUUAUCUUUAUUUUAACUCCCUCGGAGACUGCAUCUUCUCUACAACAUUCUUGAGAAAGAGUAUUUUGAAGAUGUCAAGAUAUAUGUAUUUUUCUUUUCUUUUCUGCAAGUUGAAAUUUUUAUCUUUGGAUCAUUUGAUGUCUAGUAAUUUGGGUGACCCAGUAAAAGGGUUUUUUUUUUUU